AUGCAUUCCGCAGCAGAGACACAAGAUGCUGCUGCUGCAGCAGCAGCAGAGCAGCAGCAGCGCGAGAGGGUGGAGGCGGAGCUGGCCGAUGAAGACCUCGACAGAAUGAUGGCUGAGAGGGUUGCGUUUGAGCCUGAAGUGGAGAACUUUUUGAGAGAAUUAUACGACAAGUUGUACAUCAGAGAUGCGGACGCAAUAAGGCGUUUAUAUGAAGUAGAAUAUCCAGCGAUAACAGAGAAGUAUUUUGCUGCAUCUCCUUGGCCGUCUGUUGAGUUAGUCGGAGACUUCUAUAGAGAGUAUCAGCGCUAUCACUCUCUUAUCAUGACUCUGUACAAAGAACUCUAUUACAGGCAUCUCUUCCUCAAGUGUCCCGAGCUGGCGACGUGGGAGCACCGCCGCGACUCGUGGAAUAAUUAUGCACUUUUGGUGGAGUUCCUUGCGGAUACUACUUGCGCGAAGGAUCGCGAGACAAUAACCCUGCCGCUACAGUGGCUGUGGGAUAUGCUCGAUGAAUUUGUUUAUCAGUUUCAAGAGAGCUCGCGGUGGCUGCAGAGAAAGUGCAAAACCCUAGCAGACUCUCCAGAUAGAAAAAGGCUUAUUGCUGAGCUUGAAGCUCGCGUCUUUGAGCUGCUGCAGAAGACAGUGCAGCAGAGCGGCAUUAGAGAGCAGCUGCAGCAGCAACGCUCAGACCCUGCAGCAGCAAAAGCAAUAGAAACAGACCUAGGGCUUCAGCUCGGAUACUUCGCGCUUAUACUUCAGCUUAAACUCCACGUACAGGUGGGGUUGUUUUACGCUGGAGUUGCAGCAGUGAAGGAGAUGGAUUUGAGCCCGAAGGCCUUCUACUGGCGGGUCCCUGUCGCUCACUAUUCUUUUGUCUUUCACCUCGGCUUCGCUUAUAUGAUGCUCAGACGAUACCACGACGCGAUUCGUUUGAUGUCUCAGGCUUUAUUAGCAUUGUCUCGGCAGCGGGGACAGCUGGCCGGCAGCAACACAUUCCAAGGGGCCUCUAUGACGCGUUCAGCAGAUCGCAUGCAUGUGCUGCUGCUGCUCUGCUCGAAGCUCUGCGGAGUCAAGCUUGAUGACUCUAUUCAUCAAACCAUCAAAGAAAGACACAGCGAUAAAUACUACAGGCUGCAGCAAGAUACAGAAGAAGCCUAUUGCGAGCUAUUUACAUGGGCAGCACCUCGCUUCAUUGAUCCGUCGGCUCCUCCUACAUAUGACGAUGCUGCUUUUGAGCGAUUUGUCUCCGGCAAAUCAGAGAUCAGAGACGUUGAGAGUCGGCGAAGAGUUAACACCAUCAACUCCUUCACUAAACUCUAUCACAAUAUCCCCUUAGCCAAGUUAGGGCGUCUGAUGGGCGAGAGCGGCGAAGAAGCAGAGUGGAGUGUACGCGGAGGUUUGAUGAACUUAAAGAUGCAAAGUCAGCAAAAGAUGUGGAAGGGCGGUGUCUUGACGUCAGGCGACGUCGGACAUCAUCACGCAGACGCACUCUUAGACUUCAAAGUAGAAGGGGACAUGCUGCAUGUUAAGGUAAACGUCAAAGUCGAAGGAGAUAUGCUACAUGUUAAGAACCAGCAAACUCAGCAGGAGUAUGUUGAUCAGUUGGUGAUGUUUAUUGAAAAGACAGACUCAUUAAUGAAUGCGGUGCAGCAUGCAGUUGUUGCUCCAGCCCCACAGCUGCAGCAACAGCAGCAGCAGCAGCAGCAGCAGCAAGACGCCUCUGUCGGCGCUAGAGAGCGUCGAAAGCCACAGACUGCCUACUAG